AUGUUCCGUUUUCAAGGCCUUCGAACAGUUGUGCGAUGCUCCGUACCGAGAGCUCGCCACUUCUCCCGUCUCAAUACGACCAUUCUACCUGUUUUUACAAGAACUUUCUCUGUUUCCAGAUUUCAGCGCAAUGAGAUGCCCAAGGACUUGACAGCGGCCGCCAAGGCGGCCGCAGUCAAGACCGACAAACCUGCAAUGAUGAUAGCGUUCACCUGCAAGAAAUGCAACACGCGUUCAUCGCAUACCAUGUCAAAACAGGCGUACACAGGUGGAACGGUUUUGAUCCAGUGUCCGGGCUGCAAGAGCAGACACUUGAUUGCAGACCAUCUCAAAAUCUUUUCCGAUGACCACAUUACUAUUCAAGACAUCCUGAGCACCAAGGGCGAGUCUGUGGCCCUGACAACAGACGAUUUGGCCUUUGAAGACAUCCCGGAAAAACUACGCUCAACGAUAGGCCAUCAUGCCAAGGAUGCCCCCAAAGACAUGCAGGAGAAGUCUGGAGCAGAGUCCAAACAUAUUCUUCCCGGUAGCAACGACGCCAAUCAGAAAUAA